AUGUUGUCCAUUCUGAGAAAAGCACGUCUCAAAGACAAGGAGAUGCGAAUCCUGAUGCUAGGCCUCGAUAAUGCGGGAAAGACUACGAUUGUCAAGAAGAUUAUGGGCGAAGACGUCAACACCGUAAGCCCGACAUUGGGCUUCAUCAUCAAGACUAUAGACUACGAUGGAUACAAGCUAAACAUUUGGGACGUGGGUGGGCAAAAGACACUACGCUCAUACUGGCGGAAUUACUUUGAAAAGACAGAUGCGUUGAUCUGGGUCGUCGAUGCCACAGAUCGACUGCGAAUCGAGGAUUGCAGAGAGGAGCUCCACGGCCUGCUGCAAGAAGAGGUUCGUGCCAACGGCGAGGAUGGGGAGGACGACGACGACACCGAUUAUCUGGAGCAAGUUUGCUCGUGUUUGCCAACAAGACCGACGUCAACGGAUGCAUGGACGAGCAGGAAAUUCUUCAAGUUGGGUGCUCCGGGACAACCACAUCUUGGACCAUUACUAGGGGGAGUCGAGCUGACGUAUUUCAUCCAGGGGCUGCAAUUGGAGGCGAUUAGAACACAUCGCUGGCACGUCCUGCGAUGCAGUGCCAUGACAGGCAGUAACCUCAAGGAAGGCCUUGCUUGGGUGGUGGACGACGCAAAGAAGAGGCUGUUCCUGUACUAG